ACCACAGUCAUAACGCGGAGGCGGCGAGUCAACCGUUGCUGUCUCCGCAACACCGCCACAGAACAGACAGCAGGGCCAUCGAUAAACUAAACCCUGUUCCCUCGCAGUUUCCUCGCACAAGCACGAGAGGGUUACUUUUAACGAGAGGCUGACGUUAACGUCGCUGCGGUUCUUCAUGAGGAGCAUCGACCAGGGGUCGGUAUUUUACGCGAGCUCGGCCAAUGAAUAUUUGCAUCCCAAGGAGGAAAGGGGGCAACUUUGGAAUUACAUAGGAAGAAGCACGCGGAAGAAGUUUAUUUCUUCGACCCAAAGAGAACAUGGAGGCAAACACAUUUCUUUUCAUUCCUCGUCGUUCCUUUCCUUCUAAUCACAAGGUACAGCCUCUCGUUUCGCGCUUCGUAUGCCAUCUUGGCGUGUAUUCCUUGUUUUAUGGGUGGUGUUGGUGGCCGUCCUAAGCAUCACCGCCAGAGGCAGCUUCUAUGACAGCCGCAGACAUCACCGUCGUAUCCUAGGCGGAAUUAUACUGUCCAACUCAACGAACACGCUCGUUUCAACUGCCACAAGUACAAUCACACAGACCUCACCGACGCAUCUUUUAACCGAGAAUAUUACUGCCACAUCGACCAGCAAUGUCAUAACUGGUCCAACCUCAGUCGCCUCAUCCUCAGCCGUGCCUACUUCGACAGGAUUAUCUUCCAAUUUACAAACCGUUUAUGAUCGCAGGGUUGAGUAUAUCAUUGGUGGAUUGACUGGUCUCAGUAAAGUGUCGACGUGGCUCUCAACUCAACAGCCAGAUGGAAGAUGGCCAGAUGUGGAUUAUACGUCAGGUUGUCCUGCCCGGCGGGCGAAUUGGCCUGCGCAACAACAUUGGAUCAGAAUCAAUGUUCUCGCUGGUGUGUACCAUGGCUCGUCGACCUUCGGACGCACUUUCGCGAAGUAUGUAAAAUCCCCCGAUGUCCGCACGGCAAUUACUCGGGCUAUGGAUUGGUGGUUCUUGAAUGACUACUCCAAUUUGAAUUGUCUGGACAAUGGCGGAGGGGCAGGCUGUCCCUGUGGGACACCGGGACUUUGGAAUACCAACUGGUAUUCCAACAUUAUUCUAAUCCCUGGGCUCGCUGGUCAAGCUUGCCUUCUUCUUCUCCAACAGCCACCGCCUGGGAACCUCACUCAAACGCAGUACUCCAACUGCACUCAAUUCACUUAUCGAUCUUUCAACACAUUCACGUAUCCAGUAAUUGGGGGUAUUGGGGCUUUGACGGGUGCCAACACUUUGGAUGUAGCGAGUAUCGGCAUUUCGUAUGGAUUGCUACUAGGCAAUGAUAGCGUGGUAUCCUCGGCGUACGAGCGCGUCCAUGAGGAGGUGAAGAUACAAACACCUUUGAUGGCGGACGGGAUAAGGCCAGAUGGAAGUUUUGGCCAACAUGCUGGUGUCCUUUACACUGGUAAUUAUGGAACCUUUUACGCGAACGAUGUUCUCGGGCUUGAAUUACAGGCAGUUGGUACUCCAUGGACUGCAGGAUCCGAUUCCAAGAAUGCCUUCAUUUCAUUUGUUGAUGGCUUCCAGUGGUCUAUAUACUGGAACAUACUCACUACUGUCCUUCAUUGGGAUUUUAGCGUGCUCGGACGGUUCAUUUCAUUCCCCGUAGCGGACAUACAGGCCACCGCGAGCAUCAGGUUGAAUCUCACGCAGAUUGAGCAACUUGGAAAGGAAUGGCAUUCGGAUGGGAUGGUGGACACGGCGAGGAGACUUAAUCGGACUACAACUAAUGCUAAUGCUGGUCAACUCGUUGGGAACCGUAUGUUCUGGGAUAAUGACUACAUGAUUCACCGCGGGCGGAAUUAUGUGGCAACGCUGAAGAUGUACUCUACACGUACGCUGAACACUGAAUGCUUGAAUGAUCAGAAUCCGUAUGGAUUCCAUUUAAGCGAUGGAGUGCUCUACACUUAUCUUCAGGGUGGAGAAUACGAAGACAUCGCCGCUGCUUGGGAUUGGAAUCUUAUCCCUGGUAUCACAACCGACUAUGGUAACACCCCGCUUUCGUGCGAUAGAGCACAAAGUUAUGGCGUGGAGGAUUUUGUUGGGGGUGUAUCUGAUGGGAUCGUUGGUGUUGCAGCUAUGCGGUACACCAAUCCUCUCACAAGAAGCUUCAAAUUCCAAAAGGCGUGGUUCUUCUUUGAAGAGGUCCAACACGUCCUUGUUUCUUCCGUCGUUUCGUUGAAUUCAUCACUCAUUCGGAACGUCCUCGAUCAAAAAGUUCACAACGGUACCGAGGUCUAUGUGAACGAACAGCUGGUUUCUUCCAGUGGAAAUUACUCUUCAUUCUCGUCCCUAUGGCAUCAGGACGUCGGUUACGUCUUCCAGAAUAAUUCGUUGGGCGACACGCUCAAUCUCGCCCUUCAAGUACGCCGCGGGAGUUGGGCGCCACUUGGUAUUUCUACGCAACCUGAUGCAGUGGUUGACAUGUUCACCGCGACGAUCGACAAAGCUCCUGGAGUCACGGACUUGCGAGUUUCAUACAGUAUCUACCCUGGGGUGAAAUAUGAUGAUUUUACCUCGCAUCUUCAUUCCCCGAACGGUAUGGGCGGCCCCCCGCUCGUACUGCGGAACGACGCAACUAUCUCGGGCGUUUUGGAUAGGACGUGUGAGACCGCAGGAGUAGUCUUUUGGGCUGAAGGUGGAGGGUCGAUCGAUAUUCCGUUUUGGGGCCUCACCUUCACGCUUACGAUCGACAAACCAUCGGUGGUUGUUGUAAGACCGAAGGAAAACGAGUUUGUCGUCGCAGAUCCAAGUCAAGGGCUCCAGAAUGCCACAAUUACGAUGUCUUGGUGCGCCUCUGGUGAAGAUCGUGACGCAAUGAAGCGCAAUAGGACGGUACAUAUUAAUUUCCCCCAAGAGGAAGGAUAUCGGGGACAGAGUGUCAGGCAUUCAUUGUUCGGAAGCGAUUCAUGAUUGCAGGCGGCUUGGCUGGGGGCCUGGUUUUUUCUCCUCUUUGCUUGGUUUGUUGUCACUGUCGUCUUGCAUAUGAUCUCGGUUUGCAAUGCAUCUAUGGCAAUGCAUUGGUUUAUGCUUGAACGCCCGGCGAGGUG